GUUUCACAGAUGUCGGAAAAUAGCCGGAAGAGCAAAAAGAGAAAACACAAGUUAAAAGGUAAAAUCGAAAUUAAACCCAAACACAAACACUAGAACGACACGGACAGCUAGAGAGAGAAAGAGAGAGAGAGACGCCGUCUCCUUCCAUUGAAUUUAUAUGCUUCAGUGCCUUCGUCCGCUGCCGUCUCAAUGAAACCCUAAUUUCAGCAUUCAGGAUUUGGGUCUUUAACUUAGGCAGUGGAGGGGAGAGACUGUUUUUUUAACUUAAAUACCGUGCCUUGGCGCAACGGAAAGGUUGCUCCUUUAUGACCAAAAGGUCACGGGUUCAAGUCGUGGAAACAGCCUCUUUGCAAAGCGAGGUAGGUCUUGCAAGCAUAACACUGUAAGCAGUGUAAAAGAACUGUGACGAGUUCGCUGUAAUGGAUCAACCACGUUUGGCCCUUGGGAAUGGUGACGAUAAUGUCGGGAUUCCGGAUGAUUUGCGAUGCAAGAGAUCAGAUGGGAAACAGUGGAGGUGCACUGCCAUGUCUAUGCCAGAUAAAACAGUAUGUGAAAAACAUUACAUCCAGGCAAAGAAGAGGGCAGCUAAUUCUGCAAUGCGAGCAAAUUUGAAAAAAGCCAAGAGGAAGUCGUUAGGUGAAAGUGAUAUUUACUUAGAGAGUAAGAGUGAUGAUUUGGAUGUACCACUUGCUAGCGUGAAGUCACAGGAGAGAAAGUACAUGGAGAAGGUAUCAAAAAAUCAUUUUCGUUAUUCACUUGAGAGACCACCCGUGAAGGGUUUAUCUGUGCGUAAUUCUCCAAAACCAAAGGACGAAAUGGACUUGGAUGAGUAUGAGGAAAAUUGGAGGUCUAAUAAGUCACCACCUGCUAAUGCUUUGGACUCAUCCAGGAACAGACCGCAGAGGAGUUUUGAUGUUAAUGCUAUGACAGUUUCGGAAGACUCUGAUGGAAGAUCAGAAUCCUCUGAAGAAACUGGUGGCCAAACUUGCCAUCAGUGUCGGAGGAAUGACAGAGAGACAGUCAUUUGGUGCCUCAAAUGUGAUAGAAGAGGAUACUGUGACAGCUGUAUUUCAACAUGGUACUCGGACAUCCCAUUAGAAGAGAUUCAGAGGUCCUGUCCAGCAUGUCGUGGCACUUGUAAUUGCAGAGUGUGCCUACGCAGAGAUAAUUUGGUAAAGGUAAGGAUAAGAGAGAUCCCAGUGCUAGAUAAGUUGAAAUAUCUCCACUGUCUGCUGUCUUCAGUGCUUCCUAUAGUUAAGCAAAUCCAUCAAGUACAAUGCUUUGAAGUUGAACUGGAAAAAAAGCUUCGCGGAACUGAUAUAGAUCUUGCCCGGACAAAAUUGAAUGCAGAUGAGCAAAUGUGCUGCAAUUUCUGUAGAAUUCCCAUCAUUGAUUAUCAUUGGCACUGUUCCCGCUGCGCGUAUGAUCUCUGCCUUAACUGUUGUCGAGAUCUUCGAGAAGCAUCCAUGCCUGGUGUUAGAGGAGAGGUGGUAGAGAAUCAAAUUGGUGAGGAUAGGCGAGAAAAAGAUACCAAGUUGGAGCAACCAAAAUUGUCCAAAGUCAGAGUAAAUUUAGCAGACAAGUUUUCCAACUGGAAAGCCCACAGUGAUGGAAGUAUCCCUUGCCCUCCAAAGGAGUAUGGUGGCUGUGGCCAUUCAUCGUUGAAUUUAAGCCGUAUCUUUAAGAUGAACUGGGUUGCAAAACUAUUAAAAAAUGCAGAGGAAAUGGUUAGUGGCUGUACAGUCAAUGAAGCUGUCAAUCUGGAGAAAACUGGGCUUAACGAUCCAAGACUUAGCCAGUAUGCUCAUAGAGAGGAUAGCGAUAAUUUCUUGUACUGUGCUGCAUCUGAAGAUAUCAAAUCUGAUGGGAUUGGCAAUUUUAAAAGGCAUUGGCAUAGGGGUGAGCCCAUCAUUGUUAAGGAGGUGUUUGAUAGCUCAUCAAUUUCAAGCUGGGAUCCAAUGGUUAUAUGGAGAGGGAUUCGGGAGACCGCAGAUGAGAAAUUAAAGGAUGAGAACAGAAGGGUGAAGGCCAUAAAUUGCUGUGACUGGUCUGAGAUUGAUAUUGAACUUAGUGAAUUCAUGAAAGGCUACUCCGAGGGAAGAGUUAAUGAAAAUGGUAUGCCAGAAAUGUUGAAACUCAAAGAUUGGCCUUCUCCUAGUGCAUCUGAAGAGUUCUUAUUAUAUCAGAGACCUGAAUUUAUCAGCAGACUGCCCUUACUUGAGUAUAUUCACUCCAAGUUUGGUCUUUUAAAUGUUGCUGCAAAACUGCCACACUAUUCUUUGCAAAACGAGGUUGGACCUAAGAUUUUUAUUUCUUAUGGGACCUAUGAGGAACUUGGUAGACACGACUCCUUGACCAAUCUCCAUUUCAACAUGCAUGACAUGGUAUACCUGCUGGUGCACGCAUGUGAGGUAAAGCUAAAAGGUUUGCAGAAGACAAAGAUUGAGAACACACAAAAAUCCGAGGAAUCUGAGGUUGAAGAAUCAUCCGGGGAUCUUCAAAUGGGUAUGGGAGAGGAUACAAGGUCUGAUGUAUCACUUCUUGGUCAGAAUGUGGAGAAUGAAUAUGGGGCAACCUUGGCCUCAGAUAAAGAUGAGAGUACGGCAGACCAUGGACAUGAAUCCACUCCUAUGGUUGAAGAUGACACCGCCAACUGUGAACAGUUAGAGAGAGACGGUAAAGAUGUCUCUGAAAAAACUCAUCUGGGAGUUAUUUGGGAUGUUUUCCGUCGACUGGAUGUUCCAAAGCUGACUGAGUAUUUGAGAAUACAUUGGCAAGAAUUUGGGAAGCUCAAUGAAACAAAUAUUUUUGUAACAUUGCCUCUUUAUGACGGGACAUUGUUCCUGAAUGCGGAUCAUAAAAGAAAAUUGAAGGAGGAAUUUGGAAUUGAGCCAUGGUCCUUUGAACAACAUUUGGGGCAAGCUGUUUUUAUUCCCGCUGGAUGCCCUUUUCAAGUCAGGAGUCUUCAGUCAACUGUUCAGCUGGGUCUUGAUUUCUUAUCUCCUGAAAGCCUCGGUGAGGCUGCACGACUAGCUGAUGAGAUUCGCUGUCUUCCAAAUGACCAUGAAGCAAAGCUACAAGUGUUGGAGGUUGGACAACGGAAAUUUUCCUUAGAAGUAGGAAAGAUAUCACUUUAUGCGGCAAGUUCAGCCAUUAAAGAGAUUCAGAAGUUGGUACUCGAUCCAAAACUUGGAGCAGAACUUGGAUUUGAAGAUCCAAAUCUGACCGCGGCAGUUUCUGAGAAUUUGGAGAAAAUGACUAAACGAAGACAGAUAACUUGUGCUUGAAUCCGUCUGCACGGUUUAGAUGAAGAAAAUUUCAUUAGAGGGGCGGCUAGACGCCUUGACGUGUUUUUCUCGAUGUAUAAAUGUGCUUAUAUGCUGCACUUGAAGAAUUUUUCGAACAACAAUGUAGCACUUGUGCCAUUAGUUAAUGAAAAAGUGAGUAAAUGCCAACA